AUGACUGAGUCCAAUUCAGAUAAUCUUGAUCAUUAUUUGGAUGAUUUUUUAUUUGCUGGUAAAAGCAAUACUGAGGAUUGUAAAAAUUUGAUGAAUAGUUUUGAUAGGGUAUGUUGUCGUCUUGGAGUCCCAAUUGCUCAUGAAAAAACAGAAGGCCCAACAACAAAACUUAGUUAUUUAUGUUUGCUUAUAGACACAGAAAAAAUGCUUAUACAAAUUCCGGAGGACAAAGUAUUGGAGUUAAAGUCAAAAAUUAAGUGGGUAUUAGGUAGGAAAAAGAUAACUUUAAGGGACCUACAAUCUUUGUGUGGGUCAUUAGCUUUUUGUGCAAAAGCUCUACCUGCAGGCAGAGCAUUUAGCAGACGAAUUUAUUUGGCAAGUAGUCACGCAAAGAAACCACAUCAUUAUGUUAGAAUCACAGAAGGCAUGUAUCAAGACUUAUUGGUAUGGGAAUUGUUUUUAGACAAAUUUAACGGUAUUAGUUACAUGCUCGACAUUGAUUGGACUUCAAAUUCAGUUUUACAACUAUUUACUGACAGCGCUGGUGGUUCAACAAAAGGGUGUGGCUGCUAUUUCCAAGGUAAAUGGGCUUUUCUUAAAUGGCCUGUAGAGUGGUCUGGUACUGAAGUUCUCAGGGAUAUAUCAUAUUUAGAAAUGAUACCUAUUGCACUAUCUGUUUACUUACGGGGUAAUCUUUUUCAAAAAAAGAAAAUUUUAUUUAAUUCGGAUAAUAAUGCCGUAGUUGAAAUUUUAAAUAAGAAGACGUCAAAAUCUAUACGAAUUAUGAACCUUGUUAGACACAUAGUAUAUUGGUCAUUAUUAGGCAACUUUAACAUUAAGGCACAGUUCAUUCCUGGUUAUACAAAUAUAAUUGCAGAUUGUAUUUCUCGUAAAAAAUUUCAGAAAUUCAAAAGUCUGGCUCUAACCGCAGAUACACAUCCAGAUACAAUUCCUGAGGAAUUUUGGAACAUUUUAGACCAGAAAUAG